UUGGGGCUUACUGGACAAUUGGGUCCAGGGGAACAAGUCUCGGAUUCCAUCUACUCAAUCCGCAUCUGGGUCAACCUGCUUCUUCUUCUAACAAGUAACAUGAGUUCUGAGGAGAGGAAAACAUGAGGACAGUUUUACAGUCUUCAUCCACAGAGCUCCUUGAUGGACAGGGCUGUGUGAUUAGACACAAGCAGUGCUAAUUGAUAGGUGGGUUUUGCUUAAUCAACUGGUUGGACUUCCACAGCUUGCCCAGGUGAGAUGGGAGGGAUACAUACCCACGCUUUUCUGUGAAUUUGUGGCGCACUCGGAGCAUUCCUCAGGGCUUAUAUUCUACUGGGAUGGGUGCUAGAAUAAAUCUGAGGUAGAGAACUAGAGAAUAAUAGAGGAUCAAGGCCAGGGACUGGGUAGGCAUCAGGUAUGGUAUUUUUCUAAUAUAUGUUUGGCCUUCAGGACAUCACAAUCAGGUUAUGGGGCACAGGGCUUUACUACUGUAUUCGAUGAGUGUUUGUAAUUAAUUUAAAGAGGUUGUAAGCUGGGCCCCAGGCUCAUUUGGGAUGGUUUGUGCUUGGGAGAAAAGCUUUGCAUCUAAACCAAACUCCAAGGAAAAAUGAAAGGGGAAACCAAGUAUUUUGGAUUUUUAAAUUGGCUUUAAAGAGUACCAAGUUCCCACCCCAGAAUGGGGCCGAGAGGUCGGCCCCUGGCUGUUCAUACGCAGCUCUGUUACACACUCAGGGAAUGCUAUGAGGGUGAUCUCAUUGAUCCGCCAUUUUCUUGGGCUAAAGCUCUGGUGGUGUUAGCAGCUAGAUGCCAGGGAGGGUGGCUGUUUUGCUCUGCCUCAGGUGAAAUCCAGAUUUAUGUAGUAGGCCAGGAUAGGCCUAGGCAACACUUGAGCCCCAGGAUUUCACUCUAUUGUGAACAGUAAGAUACUGAGCAAUUGAUAAUACAAACCCCAGAAAUAUCCAAGCAAGAAUCCAUCCACUAGCAAGGAAGUUACUGUACUUUAGAGUCCGGGAGCAGAUAGCUUGCAGGGAGUGGGGGCUUUUCCAUGGCUAUGCACACAAAAUCGCUGUUCCUGGGAACUCUUCCAAGCCAAACAAAGAGUGAGAAGCGGUGCCAACUCUUAUGACUUUAUCACAAGUCUCAUGAUACUUGGUUUGUUCUUAAAGCCCCAGCUCCUGGAGGCAUGGGAUUAGGUGAGAAGCUCAGCCUUUUAAAAAGAAGUCUCUGUCCCUUGUGGUUGCGGAGAAAAGCCUGAAAUUGUGACCUGAAGGUGCCCAAAAGGCUCAAAGACUGGAAGGCAAAGAACAAGAGCCCUGAAUAUAGAUUAAACCUCAUGAUUUUUUUUGAGGGGGCCAAACCCAUGAUUUUUGGGGGGGACGUUAUGUAACAAACAGCCACAUCUACAGUAGGAUGGUUGUUCAUGGGCUGGCUGUAGUGGUCACUUGGAACUUCACAGCUGUAAUAGGGGAUACAGCUUGGCUCCUCUGGCUCCAAAAUUCCAGGCCCCUACUGCUUGAGCUACAGGAAAAUCUCCAUAGCUAGCUAAUGAUGUAGGGACUAUGACACACAGUUGAUCAAUUCAGAUUCCAUUCUAUAGAGGGCAGUGCUGCACAUCGGCCAGUCGAUUCUAAUGCAUAUUAAAUGCACCAGGCAUAGAGCUCACUAACAAGUGAGGUGGGUGUUUUUGGAGUGAAGGAACCAGCCACAAGGUGUUUCCAAUGAAACUAGCUGCCUUGUUUGCAGAGGUUACGUAACCACAACUAUGCACCGACACCAGUCUUGCUUUUUAAAAUAACAGUCGUAAAGCCACCAGACCAGAAAAACCAGCGCCAGGAUGGGAAGUACCAGCAAGGGCUUUCAGGCAGGCAGUUCCUUAUCAGAAAACAGGCACUUGGCUCCAGUUCAGAAAGCGGGGAACUUUUCACUCCUUGUGUACCUUUGUACGACACAGUUAGUGCGUGCGUGGACUCCCAUUCCCUCUUGCGCGCGCACGGCUUCAUGUGCUCCAACGGGAAUGAAGGCAGGCCGGUAGCUCUGCAGCCUGUUCCUGGCCGGCGUCGCUUACAUUCCCGAAGACAGGAAAUUACUUCCCUUCAGAGGUGACUCACCUGGACUUGGGAAACAUCCCCAUCUUCACGUCCCAGCUCACAGAGUCAUUCAUGAAGGAGUCUCUGAUCUUUUGGGCUGUCUGUUCCCUGGUGGGCUGUUCGAUUGCAGAGAGGUCACCACUUCUGAAACAUGCAGCCUUUUCUUCUACAAACUUUGAGAACAUCUUCAAGUGGGAAAGCGAAGCAGACACUCCCCCGGGCACAGUGUAUGAAGUCCAGUACAAACGGUACGGGGAUGAAGACUGGCUUCAGAAGAGCGAGUGCCAGAAUAUCACGCAGCCCUUCUGUAACCUCACGCACGAGACGGAAAACUUCGGAGAGCCCUACUAUGCUCGAGUGAGGGCCAUAGUCCAGAACUGCUGCUCUUCCGACUGGGUCUGCUCACAGAGAUUCUACCCCAGAGAAGACACUACUAUUGGAAAGCCGGCGGUGAAAUACGUUCCUAGCAUUAGAUCCAUAAAGUUUUUCAUCCAACCCCCCUACACCCCUCUGAGAGAUGAGGAUGGCUCCCAGCUAACUGUGGAAGACAUCUACAGCAGAUUUGGUACCAUCGAUUACCACAUGAUGCUAUUCAGCCAAAAGACACACCAAGAGUGGGAAAAGAAUGAGAACAAGAAAGAAUUUGAAGUUUCUGACUUGAACCCAGACACUGAAUAUAAUGUCACAAUAUAUCUCAAGUACUUAGAAAAAAGAAGCCAGCCUCAUGUGUUUUCCGUUAGUACGUUACCAGACACCACCUGGCUCCUAUACUGUGUUGCGGGAGUUACAUUUGCUACAGGAUCGCUGUUUGCUGUGGUAUGUUAUGUGAGCUAUAAAUACAUCAAGCAACACACAGCACGGCCAAAGUCUUUGGACUUCAGAGGGAUUUCAGCCUUCCAGCCCCUCAUGCUAACAGUGGAGCAUAUUAUAAGCCCCAUUAAUGAUUUAUCCAAAACUACUCUGUAUACCCCAGAUGCGCAGUUAAUGCCGAUUAAUCUGCUGCAGCAGACAUCUUUAUUCCCUUUGCAAAAAACUGCCUAUCAACAACAGGCCAAUGUGUUGGCGUUUCAGCCCAUCAUUCAGCCAGUCAGCCUAGUGGAUGGUUUUUCUUCAGCAUACGCGCCUCAAAUAGCCCAGGAAAAUCUACCAUGCACGCUGAACAAGAAACCUCUGGCCUUGACAUAUGGAGUGUGCAUUGAAAGCCCAAGAUGCAUCAACAGGAUGCCAGACCAGAUGCUGCAGGGUAUUUCUCCUGAAAGGUUUGUCAGUGGCAAACUUAAAACCAAGACACCAGACGAAAGGUACUGUGAUGAGAACUACAAGGAGCAGAGGCCAAAGCUGGUAGAGAGAGGAUUAUGGGAAAGCAGUGACACUGACAUGACAGGAUCAGUGUUCUCCAUGGGGCCAGCGCAGCAGCUGAUGCUCCAGACAGACUGUGAGGAAGCUAAGCUGCACAUGCCUCAGCAGUCACUGUCUCUGCUGCAGGAAGGAGGAAACUACAGACGGCAGAUGGCAGGAUUGCUGCCAUUGCUGUCCUCACUGACAGUUGACACAAACUCUGUCUCAGAGGAUGGGCUUCCUCCAUCAUCAUCCUCCCCCUUACUAAAGUCAGUCUGUACCUGCAAUGACCUCCCUGAGGAACGCAGCACAGGCCAGUUGAUGUCAUUAGAUUCAUUGUCAUAUCCUGAAAACAAACGGCAGCCUCUGGACUUUCAAACAACAGAUGUGCUACCGGCAGCAAGGGAGCCGGGCUGCCUAGAACUAAAUGCCAUUGCAUCCCAUGCCUCUAGCUCCAUCCAGGACAAUGACAUGCUUUUAACUAUGUUGUUCAGAGACUUGGAUUUAAAGGUACAGUGAGAGCAUGGCCAGGAUGAAAACACACUGAUGUGUUAGCACAGCGUUGAAUGAUCUCUAAGGGCCGGAUUCUGCCAACCUUUACUCACAUUAAAGAGUGCCCUACUGGGCAACUGUCCUUACUGAAAUAAAUGGGACUCCUCGCUGAGUAAGGUACUAAUCAACAUGCGUGAGAGUGUUAGAAUCUGGCCCUCCAUUUUCAUGGGCAUGGGUGCCUUUACUAACUGCAUUGCUUCUAGGAAAGCUCUGUUAUCUUUGCACUUUAACAAUACCUAGCUUUUUGUUUCUUGGAUGUUGUCAAAUUGAUUACAGCUAAAAGUUGGCCUAUUUUAAAACUAAAGAGGGAGCCCAAGCUCACCUGCCAGAUUCAACCCCCAUAAAAUUUGGGUCACUUUGGGGUGGGACUCAGAUGUCAUAGCUGACAUAGCUUUGUACCAAAAUCUCAGAUCUAAACUUUGGGGAAGUUCAGAUCUGGAUGAAGUCACAGCGAGAAACAAAUCUUGUUCAGAGAGGCUCUCAUGAGUGGUCAUUUCCCAGAUGGUAAUAGUAUUUCUAAGCAGAUUUUUUUUAGAGCAUGGAGACUACAGACUGGGCCUGGAGUCUCAUCGUAUGUUCGUCGGUCACUUAUCACUCAUCAGCCGGAAUCUAUCAGAGGUUCUGAAUUAAAGCUGAUUGACAGGAGAGUCAGUUUGCAAUGUCACCGGAAAACAAGGGUUAGUUCAAGUUACACUCUUUUUCUUUGGCUUUUGGCUAAGAUCAACUGUAAUACCAAUACUGACUUGGACUCUUCAUACAUUCCAUGGGUGGCGUACCUGAGCCCACUUAUCCAGUGAUGCUUUAAAAACUCUCACACCUCAAUCUGAAUCUAUGCUGGUUGUGAUAUGUAUGUACCUCGUGAACCUUGUAAUGGAUACUUGCAAUCCCCAAUAACCCAAGCCCGACCUCAGAUGUACAGUACCUUCCCUCUUAACUUGUGUAAAUUUGAUUUUAAACAUUAACUUUAAUAAAAAUUUUAUAUCCGCUGAAUACCUGACACCUCCCCUCCUCCCCUGUGCUUACAGCAGGAAUAACAGGUGUGUCUUUUCCAUGUUUAAUAUCUGUCUUAAACGAGGAAUGAAUAAGGGCAACUAAUAAAGAGAUG